UGACUUGUUUUUUAUUAUUAGUUUUAGUCCGCGGUAUGUUGGAGAAACAAGCGGCGGAUGGCUCGUGUGCAACCUUGUCGACGCAGAUUUGUUGUUCGUCCAAAUUAAAUGCUUGUACCCCAGCUAGUGUGUUAUUCAUCGCCAACAUCAGCGUUUUGCUGCUAUGUGAAGUGGCAUGUCCGAGUGUGCAAGGCUCGCUGAUCCCUCCGAAAGAGAUAACCUUGGUGCUGAUCUCUCAGUCUGCAAUUCAAGUGACAUGGAGCUGUUCUGGCAACAGCACUACGAACUACGAGGUCAUUUACCAUCCGGUAGAGGCGAGGUACAAAAUUGUGUUGGAAACAGGUGCGCAUUGCCAAGCAACUCUGGAACAACUGAUUCCGUCCACGCGAUACCAGUUGCAUGUGUCCGCCCUGAACGGAAACGUCAGAAAUGAUUCAAGCAUGAUCUAUUUCCGGACAGAGCCUUAUGGAGGUGCGUCAGAAUCCAUGAAGUUUUAG